CUUACCUUUGAUUUCGUUUUAUUUUGAAAAAUAUGUGUUUUCAAAUUUGUGUUUAUUUUUAUGUGAAGAUGAUAAUAUAUUUGAAUUGGUUAAUGCUAUUGUAGUUUAUGUUGUGUUUCGCGUAGGAUUGAUUCGAUUGAAUGAACAUUUGCCUCACGAAAAUAUUUUUGCUGACUGCAUACGCAGUGGGUUUGAGGCAUUGAGCAUCGUCUUGUCGGCCACAUUUCUUCACAUUCUAUCUGGUGUAUAAUUGACAUUUCAGAAAUGGCAAAAGCAAAGGCUGAUGAGAAAAUUCUCAGCUACAAUGAUGUUGUCCUGAGGCGAUCAGACAUUGACAUUCUUAGUGGUCCAUAUUUCCUUAAUGAUCGCAUAAUUGAGUUCUAUUUCAGUUAUCUGACAUCUUGCUAUCCAUCCGAGGACAUCCUCCUCAUACCACCUUCAAUUGCUUUCUGGAUAAAAGAGUGCCCAGAUAUCUCGAGCCUCAAAGAUUUUGUCGAGCCCCUUCAUCUACAGCGAAGGAAGUUGAUAAUAUUUCCCAUAAAUGAUAAUGCUGACGUAAGUAUGGCAGAAGGCGGGAGUCACUGGAGCUUACUUGCAUUCGAGAGAAACGCUAAUGUGUUUGUCCAUCACGACAGCAGUGGAGGCAUCAACAACGCACACGCCAAGCGGGUGUAUAGAGCUGUAAUUUCUUAUACAGCAUCGGAUGCCAAGUAUGUCGAAUGCUCCAGUUCACCAAGGCAAGAUAAUGGUUACGAUUGUGGCCUAUAUGUUACAGCCAUUGCAAGAGUAAUCUGUGAAUGGUAUCAAAAUGACAGACCCAGGGGCACAGACGAUCUGUGGUUUGCUGCCAUUAAGGAGCAGAUUACACCAUCUCAUGUCUCUAAGAUGCGAAAUGAUAUCUUGGAACUAGUAAGAAGUCUAAUGUCUAAGCAGUGAAUUAUGCUGGCUGAAUGGUUGUUAAACAAUGUCACAGCGGACUCAUAACCUGCACUUUGCUUGUAUGCUUCAUGAGUAUUGAUAAGUGCAGAUCUUUUUUGCAAAUGAUGUUUUUGUAGUCUUAAGUUUUUCAAGUUUUGUUUGUGAAACAAGAGUACUGCUCUAGUAGGGUUUUUGGCCUGUUUUAUUCCUCCUCUCGCAUACGCAUACGAGGACACAAUACAGAGACCUGAAGCUUGGAGGGUAGAGUCCCCGCAAAGAGUUCGAUCUGUAUAACCAGACUUUACCUUGUGUUGCAUUAUAUACAGUUUAUAGGUAGAGCCUUAGCCAAGUUUUAAUUUGUAAAGAGAAAAACUCCAAGCACCUGCCAUAUUUGUUCUCCGGAGACAAGAAAGUUAGACCAUCUAUCCCACAUCGGUUUCUGAAAGAAGAAAUAGCGGUAUCGAAUUAUAAAAUGACUCUUUCAGGAUCAAGAAAAGCAUACCUUUCUCGGCCUUUUGGCUAAGAUCAAGUGUAGUAUCUGUUCUUAUCAGUUUAAUAUCUGAUACGUGAGCCAUUGGCUCACAUGAUAUUAAAUUAAUUUUUCGAGGGGGAGAGCCCAUCACGGCAGCUUGCUGCUGGGGCUCUCAAGCGUCGCCUUGGCGUUGCACUAUUUCCUUGGCCUGGCGCACCCCACCAA